AUGCGUCUGGAGAGAAGGCCGUUGAGGUACAAGAAGAGGAGUGGGUGGCUGAGGACGCCCGUUACAAGCGAAUGGGGAAAAGCGGUUUUUAAGCUGAGGGGAAGCGAGGUGAAUAUGAGCACCCAGACACAAUUCUGGAUCAAUCCAGGCGGAUCCUGGAAGGGCAGCAGUUUGCACUUGCAAGAGGUGAUAUGCCGAGAUCGCGGAGCUGGUCCCGUAGCAUCUCGAUGGAGGGGCAAGGAUGAUUCCAAGGUUGCUAACAUGCAUGAGCAGGAGGACUCCGUGGACGACACGGCGGACAGUAUUCCACCCGGUGAAACGGAACAGAUGGAGUCGGUGCACGAGCUAUCAGCAUUGGGCUGUCCCUCAACACCUACGGUUCACCAGAGUCAGCUUCUUCUGCUGGAAAGCGUGUAUGGUCCCCCUCUGAAGUGGAUAAGAACUCACCAUCUAACUAACCCUAGGCUCGACGAUGAUACCGACAAAGAAAGUGCUAUUCUUUUACGCCUCAACAACCUGCUGACUGGAGCGACGGCGAAGGAAGAUAGACUGAAAACCGCCGCAUAA